GUAAACUGCAGUCAACUUACGUGAACACCAAGUAGGAAAAGUCAAGUCGUCAAAAUUGCCUGGCGAACGGAAACUCAAUAAAUUCCAGGCAAAGUCGAAGGGAAACGAGUAGAUAUUUCCGUUUCUCCAAUCGACCACCAGCAGAACCUCUGUUCCAUUGUUCCUUCCCCUGUCUCAACCUCAAGUCACAAACAUUUUUGUUUUCUUUUCCGAGGUAGAGAGCAAUAAAGCAACCAAAAGUAAAACACAGACAAGCCUUACAUUUUUUUGUUAAAUUCAAAAUGGUUCUCUCUGAUUAUGAUCACUCUGGUAAUUCUCUGAUACCAAAAGUUCUUUAUUCGUCUUCAUCGUCCAAAACACUCCACGAGUUGAACAAUCCGAUGAACACGAACGGUAGGGUGUUUCACCGAUCACCACCGUUGGUUUAUCCAUCAAAUAGUGGUGGUAUUGUGAUUCCGGCACCUAAAGAGAAGGUGGAGAUGUACUCUCCUACUUUCUAUGCAGCAUGUACGGUGAGUGGUAUGCUUAGCACCGGCAUUACCCACACGGCUGUGACUCCUUUUGAUGUGCUCAAGUGCAACAUGCAGAUUGACCCGGCAAAGUACAGGAGUAUUAGUUCUGGAUUUGGAGUUUUGCUCAGGGAGCAGGGAGUAAAGGGCUUCUUUAGGGGUUGGGUGCCCACAUUGCUUGGUUACAGUGCUCAAGGUGCCUGCAAAUUUGGAUUCUAUGAGUUCUUUAAGAAGUAUUACUCGGACAUUGUUGGGCCUGAGUAUGCUUCCAAGUACAAGACCUUGAUAUAUCUUGCCGGUUCAGCAUCAGCUGAAGUGAUUGCUGGUGUUGCUCUUUGCCCAAUGGAAGCUGUAAAGGUCCGAGUCCAAACUCAACCCGGUUUUGCCCGGGGUUUGGCUGAUGGAUUUCCUAAGUUCAUCAAGUCUGAAGGUGCUCUUGGAUUGUACAAAGGGCUUGCUCCUCUUUGGGGACGCCAGAUUCCAUAUACGAUGAUGAAAUUUGCUACUUUUGAGACAACUGUAGAAAUGUUGUACAAGUAUGCCAUCCCAACCCCAAAAGACCAAUGCAGCAAAACUUUGCAGCUUGGAGUAAGCUUUGCUGGUGGAUAUGUGGCGGGUGUAUUUUGUGCAGUUGUGUCACAUCCUGCUGAUAAUCUGGUGUCUUUUCUGAACAACGCGAAGGGAGCAAGUGUUGGUGAUGCUGUGAAUAAGCUCGGAUUAUGGGGUCUUUUCACUCGUGGUCUUCCCCUUCGUAUUUUCAUGAUUGGAACUCUUACUGGAGCUCAGUGGACUCUUUAUGAUGCUUUCAAAGUUUUGGCUGGACUGCCAACAACUGGGGGUGCAACUCCCCCUCCUGCAAAAGCAUGAAUCAUAGCUGAUGGUCAAACAUCAACAAGGAUUUAACGUUAGGAUUAUUAGAGAAGAAUAUGUUUUGACAGAUCAAUAAUAGUAGUCAUGCUGUCGGGUUAAAUCGGGGCUGUUUUCUCCUCAAUAAGGGCAUCCGUUGCUGGCUGGAAAUGUAUUCUUUUGUAGACAGUUUCUUUUUAAUAAUUUUUAUACUCUUGUUGCUCUAAAUGCUUUUUCAAUGUGACGUUAUUGAGUUCAUACUUACUGUA